AUGUCAGUGGCACAAAAAGCAAAUUUUGCUACAACUUCAAGACUUUUAAAAUGUAUAAUUAACGAGGGCUUGGCAAAUGCUUAUUAUUAUAACAACAAUAAUAACAGCAAUGACAACGAUGACAUUGAUGAUACUGAAUUAAAUAAUUCCUCUUUUUCUCCUCCUUCUACAUAUCAUAAUAAUAACCAUUCUCCCUUGUUAUUUAUAAAUAAUAAAAUAAAAAAUUCAAGAAUGGUGGAAUUUAUUGAUCCUUGGGAUAUGAUAGCCCCUGUUUAUAAAAUUCAAUUUGUUGAUAUUUAUGGAGAUGAUCAACCCAAAUCACUUUUAUCCUAUUGUUUGAAAUCUUUAUAUUUAGCAGAAGAGAUCGAGGCACCAGAUUUAAUGAAAUUGAUUGGAAUAUGGUUAAAUUUAAAUAAUAAGAUUGUUGAUGAGAUUUGCGAUGAAUUAAAUAGUUCUAUUUUAUAUCAAGGUAUGCAUAAAUCACGAAAGGCAGUUCCGCCAAUCCCACCAAUCCCACCAUCAACUUACAACUUUGAUAGGCCAAUGAUUCGGUUUGUCUCUGUGCCCAUUGAUAAGGUAUCAAUAUGUGGACCAAUUCAAGAAUUUUUAAAUCAACUUUAUGAUAUAAUGAAUCCAAAACCUGUGGUUCCAACAAAUCAAAUUCUAAUACCAGUUCAUGAAUUACAACUACCAAACAUUCUAGAAAAAUUUCCUUACAUUACUAUUCUAGAUUCAUCUUACUCGAUCCAAGCCAUCAGUCAAGUUUCUCUUAGAACAGUAGUUUUUCCAAAACUUUUGGGGUUUUCUUAUAAACUAUCUUUAGGAAUUAAAGUCACUUCAGCUCUACGUACAAUUUCACCUUGGACUACACAUAUUGGUGUAGGUCUUUGUAACGUGUUUGAUAAAUUGGAGAUUGACCAAAAUAUAUUAAAAAUUUCCAAAGAAAUUGCUAGUAUUGUCUCAAACGAAAAAGAUUUUGACGUUGCGAAACAUUUAAGCUGUAUUAUUAGAUCAGAUAUAGGUAACUAUGAUUCUGCGGAUGAUAGUGGUGGUAGCAGUAUUGAUGACAAAGAAAAAAUUAUUAUUUGUGCUGCUUUAACUGAAAAAGAUGAAAAUGGUAAAAUUGUUGUGGAAAAGGUUUUUGAAUUGAAUACAGAGGAGAAACGUAUUAAAUUUUUAGAAAGAUAUUCUAAUCUUUUGUUUAAAGCUUUCUUGCCAACAGCAAUGCACAAUGGUUUUGCAUUUGAAGCACACCCACAAAAUGUUUUGGCACGUUUUAAUUCAACUGGCGAUCAAUUACUUGGAUUUGUUAUAAGAGAUUUUGGUGGUGUUAGAUUUCAUCAAGAAACAAUAAUAAAAUCCAUAGGUCAACCAAUUGAUGUAUUAGAAGGAAGCGUUACUCUAGCCAAAGAUCUACAAACGGUUUAUGAUAAACUAUAUCAUACAUUGAUAAUGUGUCAUAUUCAUCGUUUAAUAAGAUCAUUAGAUUUACAUUAUUCGGGAAUUGGAUGGAAAAUCAUACGUGAGCAACUUUCCGCAAUAAUACCAAGAAAUCAUUUACUUUGGGAAUUAUGGAUGAGGAAUGAUAAAAUUAAUUCAAAAUGUUUCCUAAGAAUGAAAUGCGAAUCAUUGUAUCAGAAGUUGGAUAAAGUAGUUGAUCUUAAUAAAAUUGCACAUGAAAGUUCUUUACAUGAAUCUAGAACAGUAUUGCAUUCAGAAAUUGAUAUUCAUUGUUUAGUUUAUAUUUUAAUUAUACUAGAAGAAGAUAAUAGAAUAUUAAAUACAUUUGCCGGUUUUGCCGGAAAUGUAAAUAACGUGAUAGGAUCAGGAAUUUUUACCACACCAGGAAUCGUUUGGCAAACAGUUGGUUCACCUGGUGCGGCAUUGAUUUUAUGGAUGUUGGGUGGGUUAAUAAGUUUUUGUGGAUCACUUACAUACGUUGAGUUUGGAACUAUAACAUUAGAAAGUGGCGGUGAAGUUGCCUUUUUUAAAAGGGCAUUCCCUGUUCCCCAAAUGCUUAUGAGCUACGUUUUUAGUUUCGUAUGGAUUUGUGCAAUAAGGCCUGCAACUAUAGCAGCGGUAUUACAAGCAUUAUCACAAUAUUUUUUAUUUGCUAUUUUACCACAUCCUGAUGAGAAUGAUAUAUCAGAAAAUAAAGCAAAAUACUGUGAUGAUUCAAUACGAUUUUAUCAACAAUUACAUCCAAAUAAUGGCUGGAAUAUGGAAUUUUGGCUAUUAAAAUCGGUUGGAAUAACAUCUUUGUCACUUAUUACAUGCUAUCACAUGCGUUCAAAUGUUUGUGCAAAUAUAAUAAACCAAGCAUUGGCUACAGUUAAAAUGACCACCCUAACUGUCAUAAUAAUAAUCGGAUUUGUCAAACUUUUUACAACUGACCUUAAUGAUACUAAUUGGAUAAAUUUAUUCAAAGGUUCUACCGUCGCACCUCCAAAUCUUGCUAUCGUGAGCUCGGAUGAUAUAAAUAAACCUGGAAAAGAUUUCAAUGAAGUGAUAGCGGCUUUUUUUGCUAAAAAAAUAGGCGGUGAAAAAUUUGCAAGAGCAUUGGCUUUUUUUGUUUCUCUAUCGGCUUUCGGUGCAGCAUCCUCUAUGACAUGGAGUGGUUCUCGUGUUAUUGUAGCUGCUGCAAAAGAUAAUCUUAUACCAUUUUAUUCUGAUGGUUUAAAAAGAUGGCAUAAUGAAUAUUUCACGCCUUAUAAUGCUCUUAUAGUGCAAUAUUUAUGGUGCAUAAUAGUGUUCAUCACAAUUGGUGGCGCAUUCUCUUCAGAUUCAUUUAAAGUACUAUCAGACUUUGGCACAUAUGUUGUGUGGAUUUUUUACUUUCUUGCCAGUGUUGGCUUAUUGAACCAAAAAUUGAUCGACCAUUUAAUGUUUGACAAUCCAGAGUAUGAUAAUCUAAUGGUGGAUUGUCAAAAGAAUGCAACGCGUAUAGAGAAUUAUAUAAAAUCAGUUAUAAGUAUUGGAUUUAUAGUUUCUGGGCUUAUUUGUUGGUAUAUUAGCUAUUAUAAAAAACCUAAUACUGCUUAUAUACCACCAGUUCAACAAGUUAAUCAAUGA